CAUCUCUCACGUUGGCAUUUUAUCAAACACUUGGUGAACACAAACAAUUUCAGUAUCAGAGAGCUCCGCAUUUCCUCAAUGGAUUACAGCGAUGAUGUCAGUGUUUCUCCCACUGAUGGCGGCAACUUGGCCCGUAAAGUGGUGGCGGUGGCUGCCGGAGAAGCUCACACUCUAGCUCUCACAGGUGAUGGUUAUGUGUAUACAUGGGGAAGAGGCAUGUUCGGGCGACUAGGAACGGGGUCGGAGUCCGACGAGCUGUUUCCGGUUCGGGUCAAGUUGAAACCGGAGAAGAGUCUCAAGUUUGUGGGAGUGGCUGCUGGUGCUUACCACAGUAUUGCUCUUGCUGAUGAUGGGUCUGUUUGGUGUUGGGGCUACAACAUCUAUGGUCAACUUGGUGUAAAUGGAGAAAGUUCUUUAGUACCCUGCUUGCUAGAGCGAUUCCUUGAGUUGGGAUCUGGAACGAGGAGUUAAGUGCCACUACAGGUUUGUUCUGUUAAGGCUGGAGGAAUGAUGUCACUAGCAAUAGAUAAUCUCGGUGGCCUUUGGAUGUGGGGCAAUUGUCCACUAGAAAGCAGCAGCAGUGAAGCUGGGUUCUCGCUCGUGAGCAGUUUCACUCCCACCCCGGUGUGGGAUUUCCAUGGCCACAUGGCUGUGAAGGUAGCAUGCGGAAAUGAGCAUGUAGUAGCCCUAGUCACUGCUGGAGAAACAUAUAAAGGUGAAGAUCUUGUAUGCUUCUCUUGGGGUAGUAACAAUCAUGGUCAGUUAGGCCUUGGGGAUAGAGAGAACCGGAAACGUCCUGAAAUUGUACAAGAUUUUAACAAGGACUCCAUUUUUGCUAUUUAUGAUGUGGCAUGUGGGGCUUUUCACACGGCUUUGCUUACCCACAAAAAAAGACCAAGUGAGACAUUAGAAAGCAUGUGCUGGACGUUUGGCCUUGGCGAAAAUGGGCAACUUGGGCAUGGAACCAUCCAAAGUGAAUCGUCUCCUGAAAUUGUAAAGGAAUUGCCACAAUAUGUGUAUCUAGUCUCUGUUGACUGUGGCUUAUUCCACACCAGUGUUGUUUCAUCUGCCGGAGAUGUGUGGUCAUGGGGGAUGGAGAAGGGUCUUGGUCUUUGCCCAGAUGCUAGUUUUACUGGGACAGAUGCAGGAGAUGCCCUUUCUCCCUUACAGAUUCUGUGUAAUGGAUCAAGUGAGUCUAAAUUUCAGGAGCCUGUCCAAGUUGUAUGUGGUGCUGCCCAUACUGUUCUUGUCGCAAAUGAUGGAUACAAGCUUUGGUCUUGGGGGAGAGGAAGGAGUGGGGUUCUUGGAAACGGGAAGACAAUCGACUGUUUUUCCCCCACUAUUGUGUUGUGGCCUCCACUUACAGAGGAUUUCAAGCAAGAAGAACUGAAUACUGUUGGGGAGGGACACAGAUCUGCAGAAGAUAAUUCUGAAAGAGUCACUGAAACAGGAAAAUGCUCGUCUUCAUCAACAGAAGAAAUGAAGCCUCUUCAGUCAAAACUCUCAGUGAUGGAACGAUAUGCCGGCAUACUUCAUUGUUCAGUAUUUGGAAAACCCUUGGAAGAGCAGGAUAUUCCGAUCUCCUUGCAGAACCCGGGUACUUAUGAGAUCGGAAAGGAAUGGGACAGAAUGUUAGAGUCAGCAGAUCGCUUGAAACUCUUAAGGCUGGAAAGCUUCUAUCAGAAUAUGCUUGAAGGUGUUAAAGAUAAGCUGAUGAAGAGAAGGAUUCAGGAGAUAGUAAAAGAAUGUCUCAGUUCUUCUACUAUAAACAAAGUAUAGGUAAUGCAUAUCGAAACAAUGAUAUUAUACAUAUACACAAUUCGAGUAAGGAAAACGAUCAUAGAGAUGUUACUAACGGAAACACAAUUCUGUUUUGGGAUAGAUGGGGUUCGAUUGAACUGGAAUGGAGCAGGAGAAGUGCUUGAACUUACACUAGUACUAGCGAGAAGGAGGAUGAUGUGCGGAUGAAGACGAGUCAUGAG